UUAAUGCUCCUGUCAUAUGCAAUUUGGUUGGGGCAAUGCGCUGCUAAGAUUGACGUAAGUCUGCAUUCGAGCUAAGACGAGGACAUUGAAGUGGAUACAUCAAAUUUUCCCUUUCCCACUCAGUAUGGGACUGCCUCUGGCAGCUAGCCUUGUCAGCUUCGAUGGGACGGGUCGGCCACCAACGCUGGGUAGAGCUCCUAGACGAGUACAAGUGUCUGAUCAACGAGACGGUGUUCUUGACCAACCGUCGCCCAGCUCAUGGCCGAUCUGGGAUUGAAGGAUCUCGGGUACGAGUAUGCGAAUAUUGGUGACAGGUGGAGCGACAAGGAGCUCUGGCGCGAUAGUGAGACUAAUAAGAUUAUUGUAGACACUGAGAAGUACCCCGAUGGGUUGAAGCCUAUCGUGGAUUAAAUUCAUGACUUGGGUUUGAAGGUUGGGAUUUACAGUGAUGCUGGUAGGUGCUUGGCGAUGACCACUAAGCCAAUGCAUCUGAUUCUACUAUGAAGCGGGAGCACUUACCUGUGGUGGAUAUGAGGGACCUUAGGGAUGUGAAGAGAUUCGACGCCGAGACUUUUGCGAAAUGAGAUAUUGACUAUCUCAAGUACGAGAAGUAUAACGUCCGAAAGGAGUAUUU